AAACUGGUGGGUAUGUAUAAAUUGCAAAACUUAGCAAGUGUUACACUGCAAAGAGAGUUAACGGAGAAAGAAGGUGAUAGCAUUACCAGUACAACUACAGUUGCAGAGUUCAGGGGUUCCUUGGAGUAGCAUUAAAGUCUGAAACAAAAGAACACCAAAGAUUUUAUAAAUAAAAAGAGUGUUUUGUAUAAUAAAUUGGUUUCCUUUUUGUGAUUUAUAGAUGUGAAGAUUUGUCCUUUUUAUUACAUAAGAAAAGAUCUGUAAACAGAGCAUAAAAGAUGGUUUACUUUCGUCAGAUCUUUCUCAUGAUCAUUGUAGUGGCAAUAUCAUUACAAUGCUGUAGCAUUUCUGCUGAUGAGAGAUACCGGACCCAGAUCGGAAAACUCGUCGGAGAAGACGGUGGCGAGAAGAGAAAGUUCGCGGUUUUGGAAAAGUUCAAAGCUUUACUCGAUUUGAUCAAACCCUCUACUCCCCGGCGAAGAAACCUCGCCGCGUCUCCUUGGCCGGCUCCGUCGCCGUCUCCGUAUCCAAACGGUGGUCCAGUGGAGUCUCCGGCGUACUCUCCAGCUCCUCAGCGGCCAAUCCCGCCGCAUCUCCGUCGUCCGUUGCCUCAACGGACGCAUCCGCCGGGACAACACGAGAUUCAGAGUCGGAAACACGAGAAAGGUGGAGUUUUUGUACCUCUGGUCGUUUCAACGGCUUGUGGGAUCGGUUUCGUGGUUUGCGUAGUUGUGGUGCUCUGUCUCUGCUUGAGAGUCAGAAAGAAGAACGGUAAAACGCUGUCGUUUAAACGGAAACAGAGGAAGUCUCAGAAGGUUAGCAUAAACCCGACUCUCGACUUCUUGUAUUUAAACUCGGUCGGUGUCGAUUUGGAGAGACAGAGCUCUGUUCCCGUUAAAGAAACGGAGAAUGAUGAUGAGUUGCGUGAAGAAGAGGUUAAGACAAGCAUGGAAACGGAGAUUUUAUUAGAUUCGGACAAUGCUGGUAGUUACUCAACGAAAGAGAUUGUGUCGGUGCAAGAAAAUGGUGAUGAUAAAACAGAGCACUCUGUUUCUGCUUCAGAGGAGGAUGAUGAGUCUUUUCAUUCAGUUGGUGGUGGCUCUCAGUAUUCAAAUCCAAGACUCUCGAACGCUUCUUCUUCCUCUGUCUCUGGUAUUGGAUCCUCUCAACGCUUCUCAGAACGGGAACUAGAUAUUCCUGAGCAUUCAGGAAUAUCUCAUCCGCCGCCGCCACCACCACCACCGCUUCCGCAUUUUUCAAACAGAGGACUUCUUCACACUCUGUCUUCGCAGGAAACGGCUAAACCGCAGACGCUUUCGUCGCAGUUAUCAGCAAAAGUUUCUGCUUCAUCCUCUAAACCUCUGCCGCCACCACCGCCGCCGCCGCCACGGUCGCUACAACAACCUCAAGUAACGAACAAGACGCCGCCGCCUCCUCUGUCUCUUGAUUUCUCUCAACGUACACCGUUAGGUAAAGACGGAGCUCCGUUACCUAAGCUGAAACCACUUCACUGGGAUAAAGUGAGGGCUACACCGGACCGGACCAUGGUCUGGGAUAAGAUCAGAACUAGCUCUUUUGAAUUCGAUGAAGAGAUGAUCGAGUCUCUAUUUGGGUAUACAAUGCAAACCUCCACUAAGAACGAAGACGGGAGGUGUAAGACUCCAUCGCCAGGGAAACACCUUCUUGAACCUAAAAGACUUCAGAACUUUACCAUUCUAUUGAAAGCUCUAAACGCAACGGCUGAUCAAAUCUGCUCUGCCUUGGGGAAAGGGGAAGGCUUGUGUCUACAGCAACUAGAAGCAUUGGUGAAGAUGGUACCUACUAAAGAAGAAGAAUUAAAGCUGUGUAGCUACAAAGGAGCAGUAGAUGAGCUUGGCUCGGCUGAGAAAUUUCUCAGGGCGCUUGUGGGAGUUCCAUUUGCGUUUCAAAGAGCUGAAGCAAUGCUUUAUAGAGAAACGUUUGAAGACGAAGUGGUUCAUCUCAGAAACUCCUUCUCAAUGCUUGAGGAAGCUUGCAAGGAGCUGAAGUCAAGCAGAUUAUUCCUGAAGCUUCUAGAAGCUGUCCUCAAGACUGGUAACAGGAUGAAUGUAGGAACCAUACGCGGCGGCGCAAAAGCCUUCAAGCUUGACGCUCUCCUCAAGCUAUCUGAUGUAAAGGGCACAGAUGGGAAGACAACUCUGCUCCACUUCGUCGUGCAAGAGAUAUCUAGGUCCGAGGGAAUCAGGGUUUCAGACAGCAUCAUGGGACGGAUUAUGAACCAGAGACCAAACAAAAACAGAACAGCCGAGGAGAAAGAGGAGGAUUACAGAAGGAUGGGGCUAGAUCUCGUCUCGGGUCUUAACACUGAGCUACGUAACGUGAAGAAGACGGCAACGAUUGAUCUUGAAGGACUCGUUAGCUCGGUGUCGAAUCUGAGAGACGGGCUAGAGCAGUUGAGGUGUCUAGCGAGCAACGAAGAGAACAGAGCGUUUGUUAGUUCGAUGAACUCGUUCUUGAGAUACGGAGAGAAGAGCUUGGAGGAGUUGAGGGAAGACGAGGAGAGGAUUAUGGAGAGGGUUGGAGAGAUCGCUGAGUAUUUUCACGGAGACGUGAGGGGAGAUGACAAGAACCCGUUGAGGAUCUUUGUGAUUGUUAGGGAUUUUCUUGGGAUGUUGGAUCAAGUCUGUAGAGAGCUGAGGUGUGUUAGGGUUCCCAACAGCCCUAGCCCUUUGGCUCCAUUUCGAUGAACAGAGGUUUGAAUGUUUGGUUUCUGUAGGAUUUUAUUAAUGAAGUUGUUUAUGAUGAUGACAGAGUAAUGUGAAGAUCGUUGCAUGGAUUUGUAUAUGCUUAAAUCUUGAUUA